AUGACCGUACGCUGCCACCUCUUCAGGAUCCUGCGGGAGGUGGAGCGCAUUCCCGCUCUCCGCCGGCUGUCCGACAGCGCCCUCCGGGUGACCUCCGCCACGCCGUCCGACGGGAGGCUGGCCGCGCUCGCGCUCUACCGCCUGGGCGCCGCGGCGCGCGCGGCGGAGUCCGCGCCUUCCUCCGGGCUCGCGUCUACGGCAGCUUCGGCCGUGGAAGGCAGCGUCGCGGCCGAUGGAGAGAGAGCUGCGGUGGGACCGUCGAAGGCGGGAGGGAGAGGGAAACGAGGAGCAGUAGAGCGACCUGAGAGUGGUGGUGCUGAGGCCGAAAAACCUGCCGCGGCGACGGAAUCGCGCGACCAGUCAUCGACGGCGCCUACCGCCACUUUGUCUGCGGCUACGGUGCGGCAGGGCGGUGAUCCGUUCAACAACGAACAAGGCCAGGCAGACACUGGAGCUACUACGGGCACAGGGAUCGAAGUACCGGGGGUUAUGGGCGAUGAUCCUCAAGAGCCGGGAGCUGCGGGUGAAAGUGUAAAGACGAAAGACGCUGCCCUCGCGGGGGGUGUUCCACGUUCUCCUGAGGGUGCGGGGGGGGUGGAGGAAUUCGGCGCCCCGGCGGCGGCGGUUGGCAGCUCUCCACACAAGGGGACGACGACGGCAGCGUUCGACAUGGAGGAAGUGAGGUCCGACCAGCGGUUUGAGCAGCUCGUGGAGAUCAUCGAGUGCGUGGCGAAGGAUCUCUCGGUUGUGUGGGGCCUUUCCAUCCUCGGACACGUGCCGCGCAACAGCCUCCUCGAGUCGCUGGCCACGUUCCUUACGGACCGCCUUCGGCAAGAGGCCGCCGCCGCCGCCGCCGCCGCCGCCGCCGCCGCUUCCAGUGCCACCGGCGGUAACGGCGGGGAUGCUCGCGAUGAUGAACAUGGUGCCGACGGCGGAAAGGCGGCGGUUGGUGGGAGCACCGAAGACGGGAUUUCAAGCCCCUCCACUGGCGAUUCGCUGCAGGAAGGGGGCUUGGGGUCGGGGAGCGGGAAGCCUGCGGAGGGCCUUAACCGUGGUCAACUUUCCGGCAUCGAGGGAGACAAUGCCGGCGGCGGCGGCGGCGGCGGCGGCGGCGGCGGCGGCGGCGAGGGUGUUGACAAGGCGACGACGGGAGCUGCGAGCGCGAAGAAGCAGGACGCGGUGGCUUGCACGUCCGGGACGGAUCUCGCGACUGCGGCGCUUUCCUUUGCGUACGCGCACGCCAGGCUGGACAUCUCUACGGGGGAGCUGCUCGAGGUUAUCGCCGCGUGCGCAACCCCUCAGCUGGCGGCGAUGCCGCUGAGAGACCUCGCCAACCUGUCGUGGGCGUUCGCGGUGCAGCGUCGGCUUCACCCCGAGAUGAUGGCGGGCGUCGGUCGAGAGAUUGUCUCCAGCCGGGCUUUCGGUCACAUGGCGGCCAAGGACGCCUCCAUACUGGCCUGGGCCUACGGGAUGCUGGGCCUGCGGCCCUCCAGGGUGAUCGAAGCCCUCACCCGCGAGGGCCUGGCGACGGUGCAGGAAGCCACACCGCACGACCUGUCGAACCUGGCGUGGGGGCUUGCGAAGGCGGGGGCGGGAGGCGGACGCAAGGAAGAAGAGGAGGUGGAAGAUCCGGUGGCGUCGGCGGCAUCCGAGGACUCUGGUAGCGGUGGAGGAGCGGGCAAGGAGGCCAAGGCCGGGGAGGAGGCCGAGGCCUCGGCGUGGGGCGAGAGCGGGGGAGCGAGCGGCGGCGGCGGAGACGCCGAUGGCGGCGGCGGUGGCGCGUGGGGGCUGGGGUGGGUGAAGUCGAGGUGGGAGCGGGGUGGCGGCCCGGAGGGGGACGGGGAAGAGGUGGAGCAGGAGGACUGCGGCGAGGGAUUAUCAGAGGAAGGCUCGGAUAGCGGGGAGGCGUCCAGUGAUUCUGCUGACGAUAACGCCACCUCGGUGGAAACCCUCGCGGACCUGGUUCCCGGAGGGAAGAAGGAAGAGGCUUCGAUGGAGCAGAGGCUGGGGGAGGCGGUGUUGGCGCGGGCGACUGAUAGCUUCCAGCACUUCCAGCCUAGGCAGCUGUCGAGGCUGUGCUGGGCGCUGGGGGCGUGGAACGGGCGUGGGUCGGUCAAGCUCCCGGGGUCCGAUGUUUUCGUGGCGAGAUCGUUGUCAGAGGCCGGGCAGCACCCCAAGGAGUACACAGCCGAAGAGCUAGCCCAGGCAAGGCGGCAGCGGAGGCGAGGAGGCGGGGUUGUUCGUGUUCUCUGGGCGUUCGCCACUCUGGUGGGCAAGGCCGACUCUCCGGCUCAGGAGCUCGCCGGCCUCGUGGGUGCCCUGGCGGAGGGCUUCGAGACGGAGGGGGCUCGGGGGAUGGGAGGAGGAGGGGGGGCAGGGGGGGUCUCCGCCGCCGGCAGGGAGGGGGGCCUGGACGCGGCGACGGCGUGCGACGUGCUCUGGUCGUUCGCGACGUUGGGCCACCCGGCGCACAGCUUGUGCGAGGCGAUGGCCAGGGACCUCCUGAGCGUGGUGGAGAGGAGGCUGGACGAGUUUACCGUGGAGGAAGCGGCGAGCGCGCUCUGGGCUCUUGGUGCCCUCGGGUACACGGUGUCACUCAAGCGCCAGUUCGACUUAACGAAGGACGACCUCACCUCGCUCAGCCCGUCCGCAUCAGCGAACCUCUUGUGGGGUUUGGUCAAGACGGAGGCGGCGUUUGCCGACGGCUUCGACCGGGAGUGCCUCGAGGCUGUCGCGGCAGACAUGGGACCCAAGCUGCUCAGCUUCUCGCCCAGGGAGCUUUGCCGCACUGCUUGGGCCUUGGGGCGGCUGGGUCUAGGAGGCGUGUUUUUCGGGGGCCCCGCGACGGACGGCGGGGGGGGAGAUUCGGACGAUGAUGGCCCUGCGGUAGAUGGGGGGUGCGAGUUGUCGGGACUGAUGGACAAGCUCUUGGGGGAGUGCUCGAAAUGGAUAGAGAUGUUCACGCCGCAGGAAUUGGAAACCUUGCUGUGGGCCGUCUGCCGUCUGGAGCACCGAGCGGACGACCUGGUGGCCGACAUGGCGGCUGAGGGAAAACGGCGCCAGGAGGAACUGCCGAGCCUGCUGAAGCAGUCGGGGCCCUCAGCAGCGCGCGACGCGGCCUUCCACCUAGGGGCAUUUCGACACCUUCUCGCCAAGUACAGGGGGGUAGACUUCGACGGCCGGAGGGCCAGGGGGAGGUAUCGCCGGGGCAAGAGCAUGAUUUCUCGCAUGUUUCGAGAGAGAUGAAGAAUAGUUGCGCUUGGUGGACUGUGGAUGCAGUGUGGUCGAGUGUUGGUCGUUGUGGUGGGCUGGUGACAAGAAGGCGUGUCGCGAUACCUGCUUACUGUGACGUUUUGAAGUUGUGGGGGAAAACAUACGCUGUUGGGGUGUUCAGGAUUGAUUGGUCGCCGACCGCAUGUCGCGAACAAGACCGAAAAAGCUGUGGAUGUUUACUUUCACUACUUACUUUAUUCACUGUUUUAUGUACUCCUUUGUUUGCCGUGUUUGUUCGGAUAUACCGGUAGCUCUCCCCGGGGGGGGCGUUGGUUAUGCUCGUUCCCUGUUACUGUCAGCUCGCGCCUUCACAUAUUCGUGAUGCAGGUCGGCCGCAGACCCCGUCUCCGGACGGAAACAUGUCAUCAACAUCCGAAUGUCUCGUGCUACUGCCAAGGCUGUCGUAUUUCACUCUCUCAUUGCUGGUAUGGCGUUCUUCUACCGUUAAAGCCACGCCACAGAGUAGGCAGAAUUCGUUCGGAACCUUGGGGGGUCGGCAAACACCCCCGACAGGGAUAUGGGCACGGUGAGGCCGUUGCGUUGUUGGCAGCCUCGUUGUUGGUCACUCACUUGCCCUCGCGCCAAGGGCAGAAGAACGUGACACCUUCGAGAGCGGCGCGGCGCGAUGUGAAUCGCCGUAGUGGUGCUAGUUAUGGAGACAGCAGAUACCGCAAUGCAACCGCUCCCCGCGCGAAUGUGUCUCGAAAACGCACAAGAGGGAAUGAAUGCAGCGUGUGCUCGGAACCGUCGACAUCGAGCCCUUUUUCAUCGUGGACGGCAAUAUGUCGCCUUGAGGACGUUGUCAUGUACCAGCACGAGGGAUACUGUUUACGCUCGUUUCGAAAGAGGCAUUUUUUUUCAGGAACGUGACAAACGAACGGCUAUGUUUGAGAAAGAGUGGCCAAAAUCGGGUACACCCGGCCCCAAUCCGGCCAUUAUCUGGUGCACUUGUUUUUCACAGUCGGCAGCGCCCUCCUGGCGCCAUCUGAUUGGCCGACGCCCGCCCCUACCCGGCCCUGACCCUAUUCCCACCGGGUGCACCCGAUCUUGGCUACUCACAGGCCGGAGGGGUACCCGAUCUUACUCUCGCCUGCCCGAAAAUGGCUGGGCUAUUCGACCAACAGACCACUAGCAGACCACGCUCACGAACCCACGUCACGAACACCCCGCACUCGAGUUCCGACGCUUGCGACGGCGGGCGGAGGCGGACCUAA